GCCUAAUCGAUCUGUCACGGCCCACCUGAACACGGAGGCCCUUGGAACCAUCAAUCAGAGACGCACACUACAAUAUUUGUUACAUGUGGGAUGAUAUCUGUCCAGCGUUCUUAAGUUUUUUUGUGCUUUUGACUGAUUCAGUCACAUAUUCGGUUAUGGAAGAUUCUCCACUUAGUUGCAAUUGGACUGACCCAUCCGACGCUGUUGCUACAGUUCUGUUAACCGCUUCGAGUCCUUACAUUUCAUCAGUCGACCUCCGCAACUGUCCUAAUGCUAGCAGAUUAGACAUUCUUGGUACACCUGGAACUACGUACACAUUGUCUUCUGCGUUUCUAUCCGACGUUGUUAUCUCUGCUCUCACUCAUCUUCUAAUCCGAGUGGAGCAUCUUCUGAUUGAAAAGAAGUGGGCUAUUCCGAACCACCCGUCACGCAUUCGCCAUUUUGUACUUUCUAACUGUGGUAUCAGUGUCAUUCCAAUGGGAACAUUCUAUGGUCUGAAGGAACUGAUCCAUCUAGAUUUGAGUGAAAAUCAGCUUACUUCUGUCCCUUCUGAUCUUCUGCUCUAUAGCCCUGUGCUUUCUAUUUUGAAUAUGUCAAACAACAGAUUGACUUUUCUACCAAAGUUAGCCUUUCACGGGCGUUUGGAGAAUCCACGUACAAUAGACGUUUCGAACAAUCCAAUUAAAUGUACAUGUCCCAACUUUGCAUUGGCCAAUGAAGAGAAUUUUAUUGGCCUCCCACCUUGUGCGUCUGAGAAGACAAACUGCGAUGCAUCCAUGUCCAUUAAUUUAACUUUAGAACUAAAAAAUCUGAUCAAUGGCACCAUCGCUGGAACAUAUACUGGUCAAACUAUUUCAUUCAGAUGUACUAUCACGUCACAUCUACACUUUUCUUUCUUUUGGGUUUCACCUGUUGGUGUGGUAUAUCUGAAUCAAUCCGUUUCUAACUCCCUAGUCAAUCAUACAUACUCAUACAUUGUACAGCCUCUGCUUGCGCCAACCACAUUCCACAUUUACUUCAGUAAUCCGUCAACGAGUAUACUGGAGGUAAACAAUGUUAGAGGUCAUCUCUCCGGCGAUUGGCAUUGUGGAGGCCGUUCCGGUGUAGAUAUGGUGUUAUCAAAACCAAUAAGACUUCGCGUCUUAUCGAGUAUGCAUCAUGCCAACGUAUACCUUGUCUCCCUUUGUUAUGGCUACGGUGCAAUGCUUGUCAUUCUUCUGACAGGGAUUCUAGGAGGAACCAUUCGUUACUGCUAUGAAACACGCUGUCUUCGAAGACCUCAGCCCCCGUUUGCAUAUGGUGGUAAAACAUUCAUUGGUGUUAUUCCAGUGCCAGAGGUCGAUGUCGAAUACACGGUGCGUCGAGUUAAUACGAAGAAGCCUACCUAUGGUAUUGCAGAGGGUUCUGUCCAGUACAUUUCGUCCGGUCGUGUUUGUGCAAUAUGUCUGAAACCACCGACUUACUGGUUUUGCACAACCUGCAGAGCUGUCCAUUUUGCUGAGGAAGUUCGAUGUUUCAGCGAGGCUACUUGCCGUGCUACGGCCGAUGAAAUUCCUGUUGGAGAUUUGCUUCCAGAUGGUGAGAUAAGAAUUGAUUUUGCAUCUGGAGCCACGAAACUCUCGCUUCUCGAUACGUCUCUGAAAGACUACUUAGGAAAAACACCCGAGUCUCUUUUUCUUAAGGCAUGCUCACCUACUGAGCCACCGUUGGAGCAUGCUGGUGAUGAUGAUCCCAAAGAUGAUGUUAAUGUUGCACGCGCUCCUCGAAAUCUCAUGUAUAUCUUCAUUCGUUCUGGUUCCUGCAUUGUUAGGAUACGAAAUAUCUCACCUCGUUUCGACUCUGUGGACCAAGUCCUAGAUCCGGAUGAUGUACUGCAGCACAUGGAAGCCAUAUGUUGCCACACAAAGCAACGUCCGAACAGCGCUGAUGUAAAACUAGUUGUUUCAAACGAAAAACUAGCGGAAGAGUACCGUGAUGCGUUAGCGGAUCUGGCGCGUGCUGUAGAUAGCCCUGAUCCAGCACAUUUUCGUGAACAUUUAGAAGAAUUCAGAAGCCGACUUCGUCGGGAUGUGGGCCACGGUGUAAAAGUUUUGAGAGGCGAAUUCUCGGACUUACGUGCGAAAUCCGCUAGAGGAGUGGCCAACCUACGUAACCAAAGUACAGCAGCUGCACAGAAAAUGCGCGCUGGUUUCUCCCAUGGAGUGGAACAAGUUAAAGAAGGAAUGCGCAGCAUGGUUGAAUUGUGCGGUGCCUCAGGAACGAUUGGUCAGACAAUUUCUAUUGUCAGCGUGUACGUAGAUGAAACUGACCAAACGAAGAAGGAGCGCUUGGUUUCAGAUUUUGUCUUUUAAAUGUGCGCACUCGACUUGUUUGGGUACCUGUGUGACGGUCGACUAAUUGCCUUUCCGUUAUUCUGUGAUUUUUUGUGUGCAAUUAGCGUUCCGUCAUUGGCAUAUCUUGCCCAUUAUUCAGGGAAGUCUGUAUUACAGGUAGUUUCUGAUAUCCCAUAAAUAGAAUUUUCAUCUUGUCUGUUAUUCU